AUGGAGGUCGGUCAACUUAUCAAUCUGGCCGACGACGAUGUUGAUGGCCCUCGCGAUGGCCAGAUACCGGAUUGCGAGGCUCAAGUUGAUGGCGCCAGGGCAUCUGAACCCGCCAGCCACCCUGUCAGGUCGUGGCAAGAAAACGAAGACAUCGCUAACUUAACCGCCAAUCUGUUUAACGAUAACGAUGACCUCCAUUACGUAUCUUCGCGCUACUAUUCGACCGAUGACCUCUCCCAGCCACCAACUGAAGCCUCUGCGACUGAGGCUAUCGCUACCCCAUCGCCGUCGACGAGAAAGCGCCCCCGUCAGAAGUCCCUGGCAAUCCGGCCAACGCAGAACAAAAGGAAAAAAACGGCGCCGAAGAAGGAAGACUGUAAGCUCGUCUUCUCGCGAGAGAUAACUACCCGCGUAAUGCAGCUCUUUCUUGACGAAACGAGGGCUGGCGCGCUUAAGGAUACGAAGGCUUCUUUUCAGAAGCCGGCGAUGGAGCGCAUCCUCAAGGCGAUGGAAGCCGAGUUCCCCCGGUUCACUUGGGCGGUUGAUAAGGUCCGGGCGAAGUAUAAGAACGAGCGCCGUAGAUACCGCAUGCUGUUGACGCUGUUGGCGAUAUCUGGCGUCAAUUUCAGUCAUGAGACUGGUCUACCGUCAGCGCCUGACAAUGUGUGGAAAUCAUUUCUCAAAAAAUACCCCAAGGCUAAUUGGUUGCGCACAACCUCCAUCGGUGACCGAGAUGUGUAUGCCGAGGUGUAUCACAAUGAGAAGGCGUCUGGCCGGCACAUUAAGGAGGCGCGACAGCUUGUAGGACCAGGCCGGGUGCUUGACGAUCCUGAUAUCGAUGUCGAUGACUUCUCUGCGGUGGAAGAUUCGAGCGGCGAUACCGACACUGAUGACCCCGACGAUAACACCGACGACGAAGAUAAUAUCGAGGCUGUCGCAGCCCCCCGAACGCCAGUCCCCCGCGGCGCGGCGCGCCCCAGACGGUCUCGUGAGCCUGGUGUCAUGGCCGUUGCUGAUAGUAUCGGGCGCCUUGCAGAGUCGAAUACAACAUCAACCACGAGGGUCGUAACUGAACUGGCAGGUGCGGAUGAUAUUAGGAUGGCGCUGAAGGACUUCCAGGAGGGCUUUGCUGGUUCGCUGGAUGGUGAUGAAAUAUCAACAGUACCCCGCGCCAACCCCGCCAUCGCCGCCAUCGCCUUGACGAAGACCACGCCAUCAUCGCCCUCGCCGCUGGCGUUGUAG